AAAUUUAAGUAUGAAUCAAAAAAAGGCUACUGUUAAAGAAUCAUUCAGUUACGUUCAAUUGAAGAAGAAAAAAUCUGUUGGAGUAAAAUUAAAAGGAAAAUAUUUAUUCAGAGCUGCCGUGAGACUAGUUAUUGAAUACAAAGACUGGUUGCAAAAAGAAGACAACGAAAUUCUUAAAGAAGAAAAGUCUCUGAGUAUCCAAGACCGGUCAGUUCUUUUGACAUCUCCAAAUAUAAGAAGUAAACAGGAUAAAGUUCAUAUAGUCCAGUUGAUUAAAAAAUUCAAUGCCUUUAAAAAGUAUCCGGAUAAGGAGCGGCAAUUGAUUGCCAGAGUUGUUUACUACAAGCGUUUUAACGCCCAGCGAGUUAUCGUCAAACAGAAUCAUCCCGCGGAAUUUAUGUAUUUUAUUGUUCAAGGAGAGGUUGAGUUGAGUAAAAUUGAGAAGGAUUAUAUUACUGGAGAUAUGAAAGAAAUACAUACAGGAAUUUUAGGGCCCGGUGACAUGUUUGGUGAAGUUGCGCUUUUACAUUCAAUUUCACGGUCAUCAACUAUUAUCACAAAAACGGCUGUAGAUUUGUUCUGUCUUCAUAAAACUGAUUUUGACCGGCUGUUAAAAAAUAUUUUACUGCAAAACUGGACCAUUUUGCAAGACGCGUUGGUUAAUUUUAAUUAUUUCAAGUCUUGGGACGACACUACUGUCAGAGAAUGCUGCAUUUUGAGUAAAAUAAAGGACUUUGAAGCCAAUGAGAUUUUGUUAGGUGACGGCAAAGGUAUGGUGAACUACGUCUACUUCGUAUUGUCGGGUACAUGUCGGCUUAUAGAACACAUGUUAAUUCUAGAAGAAAAACACUACGGCAAAAUGACGUAUCAGUUAUACGAUCCGGAUAAAUUAAAUACACCACAGCGGAGCAGUAAAAGACUUAGCCGGAAAUCAAAUGGAGAAAUUAAUUUUCUAAACAAACCUGAAGAAAUUCCGGAGGUUAAAGAAUUUACGAAAAAAUUGCUGUCACAAAAAAUAAAAAAUCCUAUGGACUGUGACCGAGACAGUACUAUUACAGCAACAUUACAAGAUGUAGUAAACCAGUGGCAUGAAAUAACGGACAUUACAACAGCUUUGAUGCGAAAACCGUCGACUUUAUCUGACCAAACUUAUCCAGAAGCAGUUCGAACUAUUUUCAUCCAAAUAUGUGAGUUUCAUCGUGGCGCUUGUUUUGGUCUAGGUGAAGAAAUGCGAAAUCGACGGAUCGUAUCAACAACACCAGUACGCUGUUUAUUGAUUCCCCGUUACUGGUUGCUCGAGCACAAUCACGCAAAUAUUUGGCAGCGAGUCAAAGUAUUUAUGAAUUCAAAAUACCCAACGAGAGAUAAACUGUUUCAACAUUUCAUUACAAAUAAGAAAUGGAUGGAGUACAAAAAACAAUUGCUGGAUGACGUCCUAAGAAGAACCAAGAAGUCAUGUAAUAAUACGACUAUUCACGACGUUCCUUAUUCGAUUCGGAUAAAUUCGACCUACAAUUCUUAAUAAGUGCUUUGCAAAAGUUAUAAAUUAAUCGAUGAUAAAAUUAAUCCUUUGCUAAUACCCUGAUAUGAUUAGAUUAUUGGUUACAAUAUAUAUAAAGUUAAUCCAUUUAGAAGUACUCAGUCAUUUUUUAAUUUCAUUCGUUGGAUAAAUUUUAUUUUGUAACGAUGAAUCUUGAAAAAAGUAGCAAGAAAAAUUUUUUUAACGUACUUUGCAAAGUAUUAAUUAAGAUUUAUAUUGGAAAAAAUUUCGAAUUAAAUUCAGAAGCCAAUACGACGAAUGAAACAAGUGGGAACAAAGUUUACAAAUAAUUACAUAAAUAAUUUAGAUAUCAUUUAUGAUUACGUUAAUUGGUUAUCGAGAUAAUAACUUUUUUUCUUUACUUAUAUAAGGUUUAAUGGAUUGCAGAGCGUAUUAUCAAUUUACAAUAUUGGAAAUCAUUCAAACUAAAAGCUUGCAUUAUGUAUUCAAAUUUCGAGAAAAAGAUCGUUAAUUUUUUCUUAACAAUGAU